AGAGGUGGGCUCAACAAAAGGCCUUUACCACUUUAAGACUGCAGGGCCAGGCGGCAACUCCCUGAACAGAUGCUAUUCUCGCGAGAGCCGCCGAAGGGGUAGCAAUGGCGGCCACUGGGGCAGGUCCUGGCCCUGGAGUGGGCUCCGGUCCUGGUCCUGGAACGGCUGCAAGCGCCACCACGACAGAGGAGGGAGAGACGGAGCCGGUGGCCGCCGCGGCUGGAGAGGGGCCGCCUGCUGCUCCGGGAGCGGAGCCCAGCUCCGGAGAGGCUGAGAGUGGGGAUGCAAACUUGGUUGAUGUAAGUGGUCUGGAGACAGAAUCUUCUAAUGGGAAAGAUACUCUAGAAGGUGCUGGCGAUACUUCAGAAGCGAUGGAUACCCAGGUGGGCUCUGUGGAUGAAGAGAAUGGCCGACAACUGGGAGAGGUGGAGUUGCAGUGUGGACUAUGUAUGAAAUGGUUUACCGCUGACACCUUCGGAAUAGACACAUCAUCAUGUCUACCUUUUAUGACCAACUACAGUUUCCAUUGCAAUGUGUGCCACCACAGUGGGAAUACCUACUUUCUCCGGAAGCAAGCAAAUUUAAAAGAAAUGUGCCUUAGUGCUUUGGCGAACCUAACAUGGCAGUCUCGAACCCAGGAUGAACAUCCAAAAACCAUGUUCUCCAAAGAUAAGGAUAUUAUACCAUUUAUUGAUAAAUACUGGGAGUGUAUGACAACUAGACAGCGGCCUGGGAAAAUGACUUGGCCUAAUAACAUUGUCAAAACAAUGAGUAAGGAGAGAGACGUGUUCUUGGUAAAGGAGCACCCGGACCCAGGGAGCAAAGACCCAGAAGAAGAUUAUCCCAAAUUUGGACUUUUGGAUCAGGAUCUCAGUAACAUUGGCCCUGCUUAUGACAACCAAAAACAAAGCAGCGCUGUGUCUGCUAGUGGGAACCUAAAUGGUGGAGCCACUUUGGGAGGGGGAAUCGCAGCUGGAAGCAGUGGGAAAGGAAGGGGAGCCAAGCGUAAACAGCAAGACGGAGGGACAACAGGGACCACCAAGAAGGCCCGAAGUGACCCUUUGUUUUCUGCUCAGCGUCUCCCCCCUCAUGGCUACCCCUUGGAACACCCGUUUAACAAAGACGGCUAUCGGUAUAUUCUAGCUGAGCCUGAUCCUCAUGCCCCUGACCCAGAGAAGCUAGAACUUGACUGCUGGGCAGGAAAACCUAUUCCUGGAGACCUCUACAGAGCUUGCUUAUAUGAACGGGUUUUGUUAGCACUACAUGAUCGAGCUCCCCAGUUAAAGAUCUCUGAUGAUCGGUUGACUGUGGUUGGAGAGAAGGGCUACUCCAUGGUACGGGCCUCUCAUGGGGUACGAAAAGGUGCCUGGUACUUUGAAAUCACUGUGGAUGAGAUGCCACCAGAUACUGCUGCCAGGCUGGGCUGGUCCCAGCCCUUGGGUAACCUUCAAGCUCCCUUAGGGUAUGAUAAAUUUAGCUAUUCUUGGAGGAGCAAAAAGGGAACCAAGUUCCACCAGUCUAUUGGCAAACACUACUCGUCUGGCUAUGGACAAGGAGAUGUCCUAGGGUUUUAUAUCAAUCUUCCCGAAGAUACAGAAACAGCCAAGUCACUGCCGGAUACUUACAAAGAUAAGGCUUUGAUAAAGUUCAAGAGUUAUUUGUAUUUUGAAGAAAAAGACUUUGUGGACAAAGCAGAAAAGAGCCUGAAACAGACUCCCCAUAGCGAGAUAAUAUUUUAUAAAAAUGGUGUCAAUCAGGGUGUGGCUUACAGAGAUAUUUUUGAGGGAGUUUACUUUCCGGCCAUUUCACUGUACAAGAGCUGCACGAUGAGCGACAUGGGCUGGGGCGCUGUGGUGGAACACACGCUGGCUGAUGUUUUGUAUCAUGUGGAAACAGAAGUGGAUGGAAGGCGCAGUCCACCCUGGGAGCCCUAACCAAUCCUUGCUUCAGACAGCUUUCUGUGGAAUAAUAUCCGUUUUUGCUUUUGUUCAUGAAGUGUCAAAUGUUGUCCCAAAGAUGCUGCCACACACUUUGCUGAGGUAAAAAAGGCUGGCUGGGUGGGACUGCAACAGAUUCCCCUUCCUCAGCCUUCCCUCCCCACUUCCGCUCUUACUCUGUGAGUGCCAUACAUAAGUCAACAACCGCUGAUUCGAAAGUGCCCACAGACUGCCUGUGAAGCUGGUGCUGUGCUGCACGCCUGCCAGCAGAACUUGUUACCUUCUGUAUUCUCUAAAAGUGAGCAAUCAUGCCCGUGCACUAGUGUGUUUAUAAUCUUCUGAGAGUGGCAGUACAUUCAAAGCCGUCUAAAAGCUAUCUUUUCUAGUGUGGAGCUUGGGGGGCUGUGAAGCCUAGUGGGCCUCUAUGAAUUGUAAUUGUGAAAGGAGUUUGCGUGCAGGUUUAACAGUUAGAUCUUUCUUCCAAUAAAACUUGUUUGCAAGCUUGCGUGGCA